UAGUGUUUUGCAUUAAUGGAGGCUGGUGACAUAGAAGCUGAAAGGCCACUGGAAAUAGAAAGCAUGGAAGAAGAAGAAGAAGAAGAAGCACAUCAUGAUCAGCCUCAGCCUCAGCCUAUUGAGAUUGCUAAAAUGAAGAAGCCAGCUUGUUUGAGAGAUCUGCUGCGAAAUGAUUCAUUUUUAGAGAAUGGUUUGGGUGAUGACCAAGUUCAUGGAUCCAGGGCAGCAUAUUGGAAGGCCACUUUGAUGCUUGCAUUUCAGAGUAUUGGGGUUGUGUAUGGUGAUCUUGGAACCUCACCAUUGUACGUACUACCUGGUGUCUUUCCCGAUGGAGUUAUAAAUCACGAUGAUGAAAUCCUUGGUGUUUUAUCUUUGAUCUUCUAUGCCAUAACAUUAGUCUCUGUGAUCAAAUAUGUUUUCAUUGUUUUGGCUGCUAAUGACAACGGCAAUGGUGGGACAUUUGCUUUGUACUCUCUGUUAUGUCGGUAUGCUGACCUAAAUGCGAUGCCAAAUCGACAACCAGAAGAUCGAGAAGUGUCUAAUUACGAGCUCGAAUUGCCAAGUCGAGGGCUUAAGAUGGCUUCGAUUGUGAAAUCAACUAUUGAGAAGAGCACCUUCAUGAAAUACUUUAUUUUGUUGGUGACCUUGUUUGCCACUUCAAUGGUCAUGGGAGAUGGCAUUCUCACACCCUGCAUAUCAGUGCUAUCGGCUGUAUCGGGUAUCAGAGAAGCUACUCCUGCACUUACCGAUAAGGCUAUCACUUGGAUUUCAGUGGUGAUUUUGAUUCUCUUGUUUCAAAUCCAGAGAUUUGGAACAGAUAAAAUCGGAUAUAGUUUUGCACCAAUCUUAACAAUUUGGUUCACUUUCAUUGGGUUUAUUGGAAUCUACAACUUUGUUAACUACGAACCUGCCAAAAUAAUCAAGGCUGUCAAUCCCUGGUACAUUUUAAACUACUUCGCGACGAAUAAGUUUAAUGCUUGGAAAUCUCUUGGAGGAGUAAUUCUAUGCCUCACAGGUUCUGAAGCUUUGUUCGCUGAUUUGGGCCACUUUAAUGUCCGUGCAAUUCGAAUAAGCGCGUGUACGAUAGUGUUUCCCUCUGUAAUAUGUGCAUACUUUGGUCAAGCAUCAUACCUCAUGCAGAACAAGAAAGAUGUAGGAAAUGCAUUCUACAGUUCAGUCCCAAAAAAACUGUACUGGCCGAUGUUUGUCAUUGCAGUAAUGGCAGCUGUAGUUGCUAGCCAGUCGAUGAUCUCGGCCACAUUUUCUAUAGUUCAACAAUCAGUAGCACUCGGUUGUUUCCCUCGCGUUAAAAUCGUGCAUACAUCAAGAAAAUACGCGGGCCAAGUUUAUGUUCCUGAGAUCAAUCAUCUGCUGAUGAUCGCUUGCGUUGGCAUCACUAUAGGCUUCAAGAGCUCCUUGGAAAUCGGCAAUGCAUAUGGAAUUGCAGUGGCAUUUGUCCUUUCGAUCACAUCUUCGUUUCUUAUACUGGUGAUGAUCAUGAAAUGGAAUACAAAUAGGAUUAUUGUCACCGUCCAUGCACUAACUAUUGGAUUAUAUGAACUCCUAAUGUUGAGUGCUUCACUUUACAAGUUUGUUGAUGGAGGCUAUAUUCCGCUCAUCUUUGCCGUCGUAUUGGUCAUUAUAAUGUGUAUCUGGAACUAUGGUGAUCGGGAAAAAUAUCAGUACCAGCUAGCACACAAAAUUUCCAUCCAUGAACUCACCCAAAUAGCCUCAAGCCCAACCAUAUACCGCGUCCCUGGUAUUGCUCUAUUCUACACUCAGCUUGUUCAUGGAAUAUCUCCUUUGUUCACUCGAUAUGCUUCACAAAUCAAGACCUUGCAUUCAGUUCUAGUCUUCAUUUCAAUCAAGUCACUGCACAUCAGCAAAGUCCCUCCGAACGAACGGUUUCUUUUUCAACGACUAGAGUCUGAAGGGAUACCAAUAUUUCGAUGCGUUGUGAGGUAUGGAUACAAGGAUGAAAGAAGGGAAUUAUGGGAGUCCUUUGAGGUUGCAUUUGUGGAUCAAUUGAGGGAGUUCAUACUAGCUAAUGCAAGAUUGAUGAGAUCUUAUGAUUCGGAUGGUCGGGAAUUGACUGUCAUAGAUGUUGAAAGGACUCAAAAUGAGUUGAGAUUGGUGGACAGUGCAUUAGAACAUGGAGAUGUAACAUAUUUGAUGGGUGAAGGGGAGAUGAGAGCUUCGAAGAAUUCGAGUCUAUGGAAGAAAAUGAUGAUAGAUUAUGGUUAUAAUUGGUUGAGCAGAUGUGUGAGACAACCUGAUGAAGUUUUUAUGCUUCCUCGGCAGCGUCUACUCAAGGUGGGAUUGACUUAUGAGGUUCAGUGAUCUCUAAUGUGAGUGUUUGU